AUGGAGAGCGUGGAGAAAAAUCCCAGUGACGACGAAUGUACACCAUCGUGGCUGGACAGGGAUUUCAUUGGGAGGGCUCUGAAGAACGACGAUCCUACCAUCGACGCAUCCAGUGUGGAGCUGAUUUCUGUACAUACAGCAGGCGGCGGCUACCUCAGUGAGACCCUUCGGGUGGUCGCGCGAUCAACUGGUGGUAGCGGAGCUGCUCGGGAGACGUCGCUCUUUGUGAAGGCUGCUCUGAAACCGACGGGUGUCGCACGCGAUGUGACAGCGUUUGGAGUGUACGAUAAGGAGGCGAUAGCUUACAGCCACUUUCUGCCUUCGUUGCACUCCGCUCUGAAGGAGGUCGAAGGGCGAAAGUUUCAGCCACUGGCGCCGAAACUGUACCUGCAAGGAUCGGAACCGCUGGUGUUCAUGGUGCUGGAGGACCUGUCCGCCACAGGCUUCCGGCCUUGGCCGCAGGGAGACAACCUGGACCUGGCCGCUUGCACCACCGCCAUCAGGGCCGUGGCCCGCAUGCACGCCGCCUCUGUUUGCCUCCUCAGUCACGAGCGGUACUCGACAAAAGUCUUUCACCAGUCACUCGUAUUCAACGAAUUUGUGCUCCAGCGUCUCGAUGAAGACGAGGCUGCCUUUAAGGAGGACCUGCGAAUCUUGGACGAGAAUCCGUGGUUCCGCAAGUAUACGGACAAACUGCGCGCCUGCGCGAGGGUCCUGCUGCAGACACCUGUACUGAGGGUGAAGUACUGUGCCGUCGACUUCAAGGUCAUGCUCCAUGGAGACCUGCACAAAAACAACAUGAUGUUCCGCACCGAUGAGGACGGUUCGCAAGUCCGUUUGUAUGAUUUUCAGGUUAGUAUAAUCACUAGCACAUUUGGAUCCUGA